AUGGCGAAGGCGUAUAAUUCUGUUGAGUGGCCUUUUCUUAAGUGUGUUAUGCAGGAGAUGAGUUUUCCGUCUCAAUUUAUCAAUUGGGUGAUGAAUUGUGUUUCUACUGUUUCGUAUUUUAUUUUGAUCAAUGGUUUUCCUGGUAUUCUUUUCAGAGCUCAAAAGGGGCUUCGUCAAGGGGACCCCAUGUCUCCGUUUCUUUUUGCUCUCUCUAUGGAGUAUUUCAGUAGAUGUCUGAAGAGGAAGAAAGGCGACAUUAUUAAGUUCCAUCCUAAGUGUAAGUGCUCAGAAGUCAUGGAACUUUUACUUGCUGAUGAUCUUCUUGUUCUUCUUAAAGCUGAUCUUCCUUCUAUGCAUGCGUUGAAUCUUGUUCUGGAUGAUUUAUCUAUGGUUUCUGGUCAACUAUAUCUUGGGGUACCUUUAUCUACAAAGAGACUUGGUAUCCAGGAUUGCUUAGUUUUGGUGGAAAACAUUACGAGUAGAAUCAAUCACUGGGCUGCUAGGAACCUUUCUUUGGCCGGUAGACUUCAGCUUGUUCGAAGUGUUAUUCAAAUGGUGGUCGAGAUUCUUGUGGUGGUCUUACCAAAUUCUUGUGGUGGUCUUAAUUUGAGUCGGUUGGAUCUUUGGAAUAAGGCUGCCAUGUUGAAGAAUCUUUGGUCAUUUGCUCAUAAGAAGGAUAGGCUUUGGAUUCGAUGGAUUAAUAACUACUACCUCAAACACUCUGAUGUUUUUAAUUAUAUUGUUCCUAGCACAAUCUUUUGGAUGCUUGCAAAAAUCUUUGAUAGCAUGCGUUUGGUAGUGAAUUUACAAAACCUGAAUGAUUGUGCUCCUCAUGGUCAUUUUGGUAUGAAAAUUGCUUACAAGAAAUUAUUAGGGCAACAUCUUAAGGUUCCUUGGAGGGCUAUUUGGUGUAAUAAUAAGGCGACCCCUAGGAGUGUGGUGUGUAUGUGGCAAACUAUCCUUAAUAGGCUCCCUACUAUUGAUAAAUUGCGGAAGUGGGGGACGUCUUGGGAUCCUAUGUGUAGGUUAUGUAAUGUUGCCCCUGAGACUAGAGAUCAUUUGUUUGGAUACUGUGUGUUUAUUCGAAAGGUUAAAGCUUUCGUUUGCAGUGACUUUCAUUGGGCGACUUCCUUUGCUCAAGAUGUGCAUAUUAUGAAUCAGUUGAGUAGGAAGAAAUAUAAUACCAAGGCUCUUGUUAUUACUAUGUCCUGA